UUGUUUUGAAUCGUUCAACGUGAUACGAAUGCUCCCGUACAAAAUAAGCAGAGAAUUUUUAGUAUUUUUUACGAAAUUUUAAUAGAAUUAAGAUAUGGGAAAGCGAAAGGUUAACGUCAAAAGUGACGAAGAUGAUGAAGUAAUAGCCAAAUUACCGAAAACUACAUCAAAAGAAGUUGAUAAGCAAUUGGGUUUGGCCGACGAUAGUGAUCACGAAGAAAGCAACAAUAUUGAAGAAGAACCAAAAGAAACACCACUUCCCGUCUCCACUAAACCGUUUGUAGUAAAGAAAUUCCGUGAUGCACUUCGGAAAAGCGAUUGCGUCACAGACAUUCGAAUUUUCCUGCAAAAGGCGGAAUCUGAUGAUACGAUAGUUUCGCAAUUUCUAAAAGGUGGUGGCAAACCACUGGAAAUAGCUCAGGUGUUGAACAAAAUUGAUAAAAAUGAAUUAUUCCACAUUUCAUACAUAUUUAAAGCGUUGCACUUGAUUUUAAUGGAAAAGAUGAAUCAGCAAAGUAGAUCGAAUACAGAUGCGGUCGAAACGUGUGCAUACGUUUUGAAUAAUCAUCGUGCCAGCAUUGAAAAAAUGCUCUCAUCAAAUUAUGCCACACAUAAAAAGUCCGUGUUGAAAUUGCUCACUGAUGCUGUGUACUUGGCACCACAUUUAGGCCGAGAAUUGUUAACCACAUUCAAUGUUGCAUUCAAUUCAGAAACACUCAAACGAUUCACAGCCCACGAUCGAAAUGAAAGCAACUUGCCAGACGACGAACGGGUGCGUUCAUGUUAUAUUUACUUCGUUCUAUCGUUCAUCAUCGAAGGGAAUGAGGUGCUAAUCAAGAACCUGUUAGACCGUAAUGAAUUAUUGCUGGCACUAAUAUCGGGCAUGAUUUACGACAGCAAAGACAUAGUACUGCUGGUACUUAACUCCUUUUUAAAGUUUGUCUUGGAGUCGGGUAUUGUGACAAAAACCAAAAAAAUCCAAGUAUUUGGAGUGAAUGUUGUCAACGAAUUGCUUCGACUGUUCGAUUGGAAGGGGCCCGGAUAUUUUGCAGCAAUUUCCAAUAAAAAGACCAAAGACAAAGCAGCCCAAUUCAUUAAUAUCGACGAUAGAAACACUGUAUGCGAAACGGUGUAUUGGUUUUUGUGCGAAUUGUUGGCAUCGCGUAAAAAUGGAAUUGCAUUCAAGAGCCUGGGACAACGUCAUUUGAAAUUUAAUCGCAUUCAAAAGGAGGUAUUGGUUAAAAUGGACAAUUAUUUUAUGGGCGAUAAGCACAAAACCGAUUUGGUCAUUGAAAUAUUGAAGGCAUGCCCGGAGCUAACGAAAAGAUUCAUUCAAAAGCACGCCUCAUGCUUGGACACGGCCAAAAAGUACAACAAUUGGUUGAAUGCGGUUGAUUUUUUCGCAAAAUUAAUUAACUCACUCACACCCAACAUCAUUCAAUAUCAAAUUAAAAAAAUGAAUUCAAAAGAAACAAUUGAAUUGAUCAAAGACAUUUGUAUGGCACCCGAAAUACUGCAACAACUACGGAACAAAAACACAUUGCGCAGCGACAAUUUGAUGGUCCGUCAGAAAUCAACAAAUUUACUGUAUUUAAUGUUCAAACAAUGCAAUCAGUAUUUGUUUAAAAUAUCCCAAUGGAAUGUGCACCGAGCCAACGAAUUGAAAAAGAUAAAAUUCGAUUUGAUAAAUCAUAUUUUGACGUUGUGUCCAACGGUUGAAAAUAUUUUGUUGUCGCUGCACAUGACGCAAGUGGAUGGAACGGCUGACAGCGAGAAAAUGUUUGAGCAUUUGGAGAGUAUUUUGGAUUUGCUGUUGAUAAUCACAAAAUCGAUUCCAUCAUUCAUUGACACAACAUCGUCGGUGAUCAACUAUAUCAAAAUUUUGGGACCAAUUUAUGAACUGAAUCGUGAGCUUGAAAGCAGUACUCGCAUCGAAUUCAAAGCGGUCAAACUGAUGUUGGCAUUAGAACCAAAGGCACUUUCACCGAAAACCAAACUUUUCGGUCAAAUCAUUCAGUCGUUUUUCAAUGUUUAUCGAUUUGGUACGCCAAACGAACGAAACGAAGCGAAACAUUUGUUGCGAACGGUUUUCCUCAAUACUGGCUUAUUUGAGAAUGGUGCACUUGAGAUUGACUUAUGGUUGGCCGCCAUCGAUCACAUUGACGAAGAUUCAUUAACAUCAAUCAGAGAAUUUCUUGUGAAUCAAAUCAAUUCGUUUGAUGCAAAUAAUUCUCAAAUCACAAAAAUCCAUGCCAAACUACCAUCAACCAUGGAUAAAAAUCUGAUCGAAACAUUUGAGAAUAUUGAAAAAGGUACGACAUUGAAAGGAUUAUUGGAUGUGGCCACAUUGCGACCAUUUUUUUCGUAUGUUAUUCAAUCGUAUGAUGCGCUACCCGAUACGAACGACAAUGGCGACGAAAAUGAAGAGAAAGCGGAAAUUUUGGCGUACAUUGAAAUGGUGGGUUUUUAUUUAUUCCAUUAUUUGCCGGUGCCAGAGUCAGUUUAUUACGCAACUGAGACGAUUUCACAUAAAUAUUCAUCGUACAUGAAAAAAUGGAUUGUACAAUCAAAAUGUGGAAAAUUCCCAACGGAAUUCCCAUCGAGUGCGUUGUGCAAAUUCUACGAUUCUUUAGUGGAAAAUUCGCACGAUACAAUAGUGAAGAUAUUCGACGAACAAUUGACGGUUGUCAUGGAAACAUCGGAAUCGACGGAAAAGACUAACGAUUUGAUAGUGCACUUGAAUGGAGUUGAUUAUAAAUUGAACGCAACACUGUCAAAUGAAACCGAAAUUAUGGUUUUGAUUUACACUUUGAUGUUUGUUACAAACCAACGUCACAAAAUCAAUUCGUUAACUAAUGAACAAUGCACACAAGCCAUUCGAUUUUUUGGUGAAUUGAUGAAAAUAUUGGAUGUGAUUGCGACAACAGCUCGUGAAUGCGGUGAACAUGGUUUUGAGCUUAAUGAAUCGGACGUAAAUCCAACGGUGAAAGCAUUAAAGUAUGUAUUUUCCAAUUGUUAUUAUUUGCUGCAAUCGUUUGAUAUUUGGUCGAAGGACAGUCAAAUGACGCGUCUCGUAUAUGAAAUGGUGAAAAAUGUCGAGUACACUGAGUCAAUGAACGAUAUUUUGGUGCACUAUCGCAAAAAGAUUAGUAAUCAAAUCGUCACCUCAGUUGAGAUGGAAAAAACUUCACCGCCACCACAAUCCAACGAAAAUCUCAUUGAUUUGCUAAUCACGUUUCACUUGGAUGCGGAUAAUUGCUGUGAAAUUCUCACAAGUUUAUCUCAAUUGAAAUACGAACACUUUGUGACACCGCAAAAUGAAAUUUCAACAUUUGCCAGCAUUCUAUCGUAUGCAUUGCGACGCCUGGCUGAACUGAAGGAACGUGCUGCGGAUUCAUCAAUCAUUGCCAGCAUCAGUGCGUUGUAUGUAAAUCUCAUUUCGCAUGUAAAUGUCGAAAUUAAUUAUCAAGUAAUUGAAGAAGCUUUGGUCGCUUAUCUAUCCAUUUACUAUCAUCAUUUAAGCGAUGUACAUGAUGAUUUGUUCAAUGCCAUCUUCGAUGCAAAGCGAUUGAAUAAAGUUGCCAUCAAAUUAGCAUGCUUAUUGCUUGAACGGAAAUCCAAUCUUAUCGUUCGUUUGCCCAAAUUAAUCGAGGAUAAUAUGUCGAAGAAGGAAUUAAUCUAUCCACUUUUGAAUGUUGUUGCCGUCAAGCACAUCGAUUUGAGUGGCAAGCUAUUGACGCACCUGUACGCAGAAUACAAAAAUGGUAUUAUGAAAGCAAUUGAGAAACCAGCAAAAGCGGCCGUUAUUUACAAAGAGAAUGUAUUGAGUUCGGUGUUUUUGAUUGAAAAAUGUAUGCCGAUCAAUGAGUGCACCGAUUUCCUGAAGAAAGUGGUUAACUUUGAAGGUGCUGAAAUAUUCCAGUUACAAAUUAUCAAAUCAAUUCAUUUGAAAGUGCUCAUGCACAGCGACAAAGUCGAAGCCAUUCAACAAUCGUACGAAAACUUUUUGGCAAUUUUUGUUCGUUUAUUUGGCACACUGUUGAAACACGAAUCGCUCGAUGUGAAAAAAGUUGAGAGCUUCAUUUAUGUAGCGUACGAUUGGACAAAGUUAAAACAAAAGCUAUUACCAAUGGCAUUGUCAACAAAGUUGCAAUACGACCAAAUAUGCGGAACACAACUUUGGAUACAAUUAGGUAAAUCAUGUUUGAAGCAUGGACUCCGCUUACAAAAGAACGAAGCGAACAAAAUCAAAGAAGAGGCGGCCACAUUGUUGAAAAUAUUCGCUUAUCUGUGCGACGAAUUUUAUGCGAACGAUGGGAAAAGUGAUGAUGUAAAGUUAUUUUUCGAAAUGGUCGUGCAACACCCAAGUUUCUUCGACAUAAUAACAAUGCAACAUAAAACUCAACUCAAAUCAAAUUUAGCCUAUUUAUUGUAUGUUUUGGUGCGAAAAGAUGCUGAAGUCAUGGAAUCGAAUCACAUACCAAUUUUGUUGUCCGCUUACCAAGGCAAAAUGUCAUUCAGCGAUCAAUACUUGUUGGCCAUCUUACAAAUGUACGAACGGCACGGGUGUGAAAUGCGUAAAUAUCGUCCGUUCAUUUUUGGUGAAAGUGCCUUAAGCUAUUAUUCAUUGAAUUCAAAUGUGAAACCGACAUUAUUACAAGAGCCACAAGAUCAAGUGAUGGCUCUUUUUGAUGCUGACAUUUCCGAAAAUACACUGGUCAAUUUUCCGGUUUGGCGUAAAUUGAAUGUCAUCGAGCAAGUGCCAAGCGUUGAAUUCAUUUGCAAUGGAAUCAUCGGUCAAGAGUAUUCAAAUCAUGUGAGCAUUGCAAAGAGUACGGUUGAAAAGUUGGUCGAACGUGGUGAUGGUAACAUUGAUACAACGCUAUUGAAUGAAUCGGCCCGAAGAGAUGAAACAUUCGAAAAUGUAUACGAUCCAGCAUUUUUGAUACCAUUAAUGCAAAUGUCAUUUGCACCUGAAUCAUUUACAAAACCAUUGCGUCCGGCACAAAAUGGUAUGUUGGCGAUUACAUUUGCCAGUCUAUCAAGUUCCGAUCAGGAUAUGCGAUUGGCAGCCGCAACUGCAUUUCAACGUUAUCGCAACCAUAUGGAGAGUGCACGAUUUGUCGAUAAUAAACUGUGGAUUCAUAUUUUCAAUGGCAUUCGCAAUGGCGUACAAAAUCUAACGGUCGAAGCACAAAAACGUAAUAAAAAGUCACGUCGCAUACCACGCAUUCCAUACGUGGCCGGUGUAUUCUUUGCACGAACAAUCAACACAUUGAUGAAUCCGUUGAGUGAACUUUAUCGUCCGUUGAGUACAUUUUUGCUGAUAAAAAAUGCGUUUGAUUUCAUGACCGUGCCCGAGUUUAAUGUUCUCUUCCAUAGUCCCGAUGUAAACCAUAGUAUUCAUCGCAGUUUUAUUUUAGAUGUGCUACGCGAUGGUCUAAAAACAAGCAACGAUUUUAAAGUGCUCAUAUCAAAUCACAUUUUUAAAGCGCUGCUCGGUUAUUAUGGAUGUCCAACAACGACACGCGAACGUAAUAUACAAAUUUUAACGGUCAUCAAUGCAACCGCAAAAAUUCCAAAAUCAGCAAAACUCUUAAUUGACAUUGUUGGCAUUUUACCGUGGUUGAGCAACGUUGUCGAUAACAUUGAAUUCUUUCAAUUUGACUUUUUGGAUAUUUUAUGCACAAUUCUAAAUAAUUUGUACAAUUCGGUUAUCAUAAACCGUAUUGAAUACGGAAGUAAUACAGUGAAUAGCAUUGAAAUUCAAAUGAUGAAUAUUUUGGUGAAAAUUUGCCCAAAUUUAUCGCAACGAAUCGCUGAAAUUUCAUUUGUGCGCUAUUUGAACGUAUUAAAAUCAAUCGCAUUGAAAGAUAAUCGAUGUAGAUUCUUAAGCGAAGAGAAUAUUACACAUUUGAUCAAAUGUAUGGGCGGUUAUGUGAGCGCUGAUCUGGUGUGGGAUUGUAAUUUUGUGAUGGAAAACACACAGGCGUAUCUGCAUGCUGAACGCAAACUGGAAUACAAUCGAAAACUCCGGGAAUUUGGCAACCUAAACGAACAAUCGAUUUUUAUUCUGUCGAGCCUUCGUGAAAUCAUCGUUUGCUGGCAAAACGCUAAACAUUUCUAGGGAAAAGAAACCCUAAUUAAUCAUUCGAACUGAAUUACAAACGAUUACAUUUUAUUGUACAACUGCAACAUUUCCCAUUUAAAAUAAAUGAUAUGAUUUAUGUAUUUUAUACAACGCAAACAAAGCGAAACACAUAUAAACUCGAGAAAGUAAAUAAAAGGAAAUAAAAUGUUGUGAAAUCUUUUCAAUCGAAAA